AUGCGCCGCUACUUCCUUAUAGAUUCAAGCCUGUGCUUGCUCUCUACCUUGCUGAUAGCAUCCAAAGUCGCCGGCGAUAAUGGCCCGUUUUCGAUCUCGGUAACAUCUCCGGAAAUCUGCACCGCGAGCGCUUUCACCUAUUCGUCGCAGAUGGCAAUGCCUACAGGGUCCUUUGAUAUCGAUCCCGGUCCGUAUGGUAUGGGCCAACUAGGUCAGCAAUGGAGCUUUACCGUCAGUCCGGGGAUCGUUUUGGAUGGUGAUACUUGGGGUGACGAUGGCCAGCACAUUGGCAAAUACAUCGUACAGAAUGCCGAUGGCUCCUAUACAUUUACGGUUCCAAGUGACGGAAGCUGGCUAGUUGGUGGAAUGAUAACGGGUGCGGCCAAUGCGCCUGGCUGCGCUCCGGCAACUAACCAAAGGGCCCAAACAGCAUCUUCAACGAGUCUUGCAACUGGACUAGGUUCUAUGCUCAGUCCCUCUGCUUCAUUAUCUGCUUCCGCAACCGGAAGCCCAGGGUGCCCAGGUACACCUCAAUGUGUGCUAGUACCGAAGGGUUUUGAUGAUCAAUGCCUCGAUGCAGAUUGGGCCUAUUGCUACUGCAGUGGAUCGCCAGCGCCACUUGUAACAUCGUGGAUGGGAUCUUUGGUCAUGCCCAAUUGCGAUUACUCAAUUAUUCCCUCAAGCCAAUGUCCGGGAAGCCCUGUGAUACCGUACGUGCCUACCGAGAGUGCUGCCUCGAUCGUUGAAGUGGAUGGCCUGUUGGUGAUACAUUCCAAAUUGAAAAGAGCCAUCGCGGCAACGUCCUCGUCCAGCGCCUCUUGUGCCGUGAAUUCAGGAGCUUCCGGUUCCUUUACACUUACCGUGUCUGCGACACUUACAUGUACCGGACCUAUAGUUACCCCCGUUCCGUGCACAGCUAAUUACAUUCCUCCUCUUACACCUGAGCAAUGGGAGGUGCAGAAGGUCGAUGACUUUUUCGAGAUGUACUUCGAUAAUACAUCCCAUUGGCAAGAAUUGGGCCUAAUGAGAACGUUCUUUCAGGAUUUUGCUGGUGGGGAAGCCGGUGACGGCGACACAUACGUUUGUACUGCAACUAAUGAGGCAGAUUGUGCAAUGUUAGAAGGAUGCUCACUUAUCGCAACUGGUCCUGAAAACUGGCUCACUCCGUACAAGACUCAAGCAUAUUACAUCUGGGCAGGAAUGACGAAUUUCAGCAAGCUGAUGAACAUGAUGUGGCAAACACUGGAAUGGGCAGAACAGGAUAUGGACUACUACGCCGGAGAAAUAGGUUCAAAAUUUGAGGUGCAACUCCCUGGUGCAAGCCUGUGGUCGAAAGUGUUUCCCAUAUUGAACACGAUUUUAACUCUUCUGGCCAUUGCUUUUAUUAUCGCGGACCCAUUCGUGGAUGCCGCUCUCUCUCCUGUUGUAGGGGUUUUAAUCGGUCUUGCCGCCUCUUUCGGAUUGGCUGCUGAUGUUGACAGCUUCUUAUCUUCCUCCGAGCAAGCGGAGGUAACGCUUCAGACUAUCUACACGGAUCUCGGCUUUUCGCAAGGCUGGAUAGAAACGCUUCAAGACAAUGUCAACACAAUGCACGAUGCAAUUUGGUACAAUGGCACGUAUGGCAGUGGCACGUCUAAGUCGACAAACGCGAAGCAGCUCAUGACAGGCGGUGCCUAUGUCACUUCGGCACAAGUCCUUGGAGCAGUGGAUCUCAACAGCACUAACCAUGACAACACCAACUCGGGCCCCACAAAUGCACUCACAAACUGGUUCGAAAAUUUGCUUGUUGCCAAUCUCAUCAACAAUUGGUUCAGGUCGAACAAUGCCUACAUAGUCUACAUACCCUACGGCCAGGUCUCAGGACUCAACAGCGAUAAUUCGAUGGAAAGUUUCACGGAAGACGAUUGCAACAGUCAAUGGGUUGUGGGCAAGAACUGGUACUCGGGGGCCGACUGGAAUAGCAGUGUUGUAGUCAACUGCGAAAGCGGCGGCAUGGCUGUACUAACGAAUGGCGGUAGCUCGAUAGAACAGCCUUCUUUUUACGAAGUUGCAAACAUGACCUACAAUGGGUACACCUACAGCGCGCAUGACAUGAUCACAUCGUCUUUAAACGGCUUCCUCCAAUACGGGUUCAACUACAACGCCACGGAUUCCUUUGUCGCCAAACUCCUCGAUCCCACCGCAGAGAACCUGAACAACAUCGAACAAUAUCUCAACUUAGAUCCUACGAGCCCGGGCAUGUACAAUCUACCCGUGUGUCGGCUUUACGACCUGGGCGCGGUGCCGAAUAGCAUUGCUGGUCCUUUCCCCAACGGUCAGUACCCGGGGUGGCCUUCGCAAACACAACCCUGUACUUGCAUGUCGGACGAUGCCAGUGUCACAAUCAACGGGAAUACGACGUAUUUCCGGGACUUUGCCGGAGAUCCUACCACGACUGAAUUCAACAAAUUGAUAAAGGAGGACUCGAACCUAGGUAGCACUUGUUACGUUACCGCAAAGAAUACCAUCGACUGCAACGAAUUCCCAGAACUGUGUGAUCCGGUAGGUCCUCCCUUCUGA